AUGGAAGGGUCUAACGGCUCCAGCUUUGGGAUUGACUCGAUUCUGUCUCACAGAGCAGCCAGCCCCGUCUUGGCCAAAGGAGACCCGUUGAUGGGCGACUGCAGGUCUCCCCAGGAGGUGAAAGCCGGUCUGAGCCCGGUAUCGGAUGUAGGUAGCGAGCAGAGCUCGCCUUCCUCGCCCGGCCUGGAGUGCGCCGAGGUGGCGCCGCAACUGCCGGGAGCCGCGGGCGGGAUCGAGACGCAGCCGCAUCCCGGGCAACUGUGCGCCGCUCCCCAGCCCAGGACUGCUACCUCCUCCUUCCUUAUCAGGGACAUUCUCGGAGACUGCAAGCCGUUAGCGGCCUGCGCCCCGUAUUCAAGCAGCGGCCAGGCUCCCCAGGAAGCGGCUCAUAAACGAGGAGAAGAAUUCCUAGAGAAACUGGAGAAAAGGGAGAAUUCGUCCUCAGACACGGAAUAUAAAGUUAAAGAAGAAGCAGAGAGAGAGAUCUCAAGUAGUCGGGAGAGCCCGCCUGUGCGGUUGAAGAAGCCGCGGAAAGCUCGCACGGCCUUUACUGACCACCAGCUCGCUCAGCUGGAGAGGAGCUUCGAGCGGCAGAAGUACCUGAGCGUACAGGACAGGAUGGAACUGGCGGCUUCGCUCAAUCUCACAGACACGCAAGUCAAAACCUGGUACCAGAACAGGAGGACGAAGUGGAAAAGACAGACGGCAGUGGGACUGGAACUCUUGGCAGAGGCAGGCAAUUACUCGGCCCUGCAGCGUAUGUUCCCAUCUCCUUACUUCUAUCACCCCAGUGUCGUCUCCAACCUGGAACCGACGGCUAUGUACAUGUACCGGGGUCCUGCCGCUCCUCACCCCGUCAUCCAGCGACCCCUCGUCCCGCGGGUGCUCAUCCACGGACUGGCAGCGGGGGGCGAGCAGCCGCCGCCUCUGCCCGGCCUCGCAGGUGUCCUUCCUCGGCCGCCACAGCCACGGUGA